AAGCAGCAGGUAGGCUCGGGGUAGCUGGAAAGUCUCUUUCCCUGGCUCACUUUUCACCUCAGAGUGCCAGAGUUAAGUGUAAAGAACUUGAUUAUUCCAAAUGAGAAAUGUUGAAGGCUCAGGUCUUAGAAGGACAGCGGCAACAUUCGAUACUUGACUCAUCCACCCCACCCCAUCCCUGCCUCCCAUAAUUCCCAAUAUUUACAAAAUGGAUUUUCAGGCUCUCUGAGUGUUGGAGUUCUGGCUUAGAAGUUGUCUUUCAUGUAUAACAGCUCCAAAGCUCACAUUCAGGCUAGGGUUGACUGUGACUCUUAUACAAGCUAAAUUCAGCAGGCCCGGGCACGUGAGAAGGAGGCAACUGCCUGCUCCAGGGUGGGCCCUUCGAUUUAUUGAGAGUCUAUUUAUUUCUGCUUGUGUGCCUUUCCUCUUCCUGUCUUUCUAUGCUUGGUCUGUUCUUUUCCUUUCUUGCUCCAGAGUUCUACAUUUGAAUCCUCUUUCCAUGGACAAUUACCCUCCUAUCAACCCUGGACCAGGUAUGCGGAAACGUUUUGACUACCAAACAAUAAUCCUGAUCGUCAUUUGUGCUGUGAUCCUGGCAGCCUUGGUUGUAUUGAUAGGAGUUGUCCUCUGUCUUUACUCCAAAGUAGUCAAGGCACUGGAUGCAGCUAAAAUUGUAAAAGAAACAGAUGGUGCUAUGAGCUGUAUUUAUCCGUGCAAGGUCAGCCAUGAGAACAUCAUCCGGGCCAAACCCAUCCCUAUGGAGUCUUGUCGUACCCUCCAGUGCUGUGAUGCCUGUAGUGUCUAUACAGAUGUUGGUGCCCUCCCACCUUGCAUUUGUAGCGUAAGUGAAGGACUCUGA